AUGUCUGAUCACGAAUUUGGAGGCAACGAUGACCUCUCACUUCCCAAGGCGACGGUCCAAAAAAUUGUGAGCGAGAUCUUGCCAUCGUCGACCGGCCUGUCAUUCGCCAAGGAAGCAAGGGAUCUCCUCAUCGAUCUCUGCGUCGAGUUCAUCUCGCUCGUCUCGUCCGAGGCGAACGAGAUCUCCGAGAAGGAGUCGAAGAAGACCAUCGCCUGUGAUCACAUCACGCAGGCGCUCGAGCGACUCGGUUUCGCCGACUACGUCCCUGCCGUGCUGGAGGCGGCUGCGGAGCACAAGGAGGUUCAAAAGGGACGAGAGAAGAAAGCAAACAAGUUCGAGCAGUCCGGUCUAUCGCUCGAAGAACUAGAGCGUAUCCAACGCGAGCAGUUUGCCGACGCCGCGGCGCGACAUACUUAG